GUCCUUUCCUCUCCACCUGACUCCUCGAAGUGGCCCCACCUCAUUUGAUAAUCCCAGUAAUGCUCCAGAGGGAACUCCUCUUUCCUCAAGGUCCUUCAACAGAGGUUCUUAGAGGAAUGUGUCCAUGCACAGAACCUGCUUUGAUGCAUGUACAGGACUGUCACUGCUCUUGAACAAGGAGUCAUAUUACUGCAAGAACUUUGCUGAAACAAAGAAGAUACAUUGAACAAAUGGGAAAUUACAAAUCCAGACCAACCCAAACUUGCACGGAUGAAUGGAAGAAGAAAGUUAGUGAAUCAUACGCUAUAAUCAUAGAGCGAUUAGAAGAUGACCUGCAGAUCAAAGAAAAGGAACUGGCAGAACUGAAGCAUGUUUUCAGCUCUGAUGAAGCCUUCUGCAAAGUCAAUUUAAAUUACCGCACAGAAAAUGGGCUCUCUCUUCUUCAUUUAUGUUGCAUAUGUGGGGGUAACAAAUCACAUAUCAGAACUCUUAUGCUAAAAGGACUGCGCCCAUCCAGGUUAACCAGGAAUGGAUUUACAGCUCUGCACUUGGCAGCUUAUAAGGAUAAUGCAGAGCUCCUAACGGCGCUGCUGCACGGCGGAGCAGACAUCCAGCAGGUCGGCUACGGAGCCCUCACGGCCCUGCACAUCGCCACCAUAGCGGGUCACCACGAGGCCGUCGAUAUCCUUUUGCAGCACGGAGCUUACGUGAACGUUCAGGACGCCGUUUUUUUCACUCCGCUGCACAUUGCUGCCUAUUAUGGCCGUGAACAGGUAACGCACCUCUUGCUGAAGUUUGGAGCUGAUGUGAACGCAAGCGGGGAAGUUGGAGACAGGCCCCUCCAUUUAGCUUCUGCCAAAGGCUUUCUCAAUAUAACCAAGCUGCUGGUGGAGGAGGGAAGCAAAGCUGAUGUGAAUGCUCAGGACAAUGAAGAUCAUGUUCCUCUGCACUUCUGCUGUCGAUUUGGACACCACGAAAUUGUAAAGUUCUUAYUGCAGAGCAGUUUUGAAGUUCAACCCCAUGUGGUUAAUAUCUAUGGAGACACUCCUUUGCACCUCGCUUGUUACAAUGGAAAGUUUGAAGUUGUCAAGGAAAUAAUUCAGCUCUCAGGAACUGAAAGUCUCACUAAAGAAAAUAUAUUCAGUGAAACAGCUUUCCACAGUGCUUGUACCUAUGGAAAGAACAUAGAACUUGUAAAAUACCUUCUUGACCAGAAUGUUGUAAGCAUCAAUCACCAGGGGAGAGAUGGACAUACAGGAUUACACUGUGCUUGCUACCAUGGUCAUAUUCGUCUAGUGCAGUUUUUACUGGAUAACGGAGCCGAUAUGAAUCUGGUAGCUUGUGAUCCCAGCAGGUCGAGUGGAGAAAAAGAUGAGCAGACCUGUUUGAUGUGGGCUUAUGAGAAAGGUCAUGAUGCUAUUGUGACCCUUCUGAAGCAUUACAAAAGGCCCCAGGAUGAGUCACCCUGCAAUGAGUACUCACAGCCCGGAGGAGAUGGUUCCUAUGUGUCAAUUCCAUCCCCUCUAGGAAAGAUUAAAAGCAUGACUAAAGAAAAGGCAGAUGUUCUUCUCCUGCGUGCUGGCCUGCCAUCACAUUUCCAUCUUCAGCUCUCUGAAAUAGAGUUCCAUGAGAUUAUUGGCUCAGGGUCUUUCGGAAAAGUAUAUAAAGGACGAUGCAGAAAUAAAAUUGUAGCAAUCAAACGCUAUCGUGCCAAUACCUACUGCUCCAAAUCUGAUGUGGACAUGUUUUGCCGUGAAGUUUCCAUUCUCUGCCGGCUCAAUCAUCCAUGUGUCAUACAGUUUGUUGGGGCCUGCUUGGAUGACCCAAGUCAGUUUGCUAUCGUCACGCAGUAUAUUUCUGGAGGAUCCCUUUUUUCCCUGCUCCAUGAACAGAAGAGGACUCUUGACCUUCAGUCUAAAUUAAUCAUUGCCGUCGAUGUUGCCAAAGGGAUGGAGUAUCUGCACAAUCUCACACAGCCCAUCAUCCAUCGRGAUUUGAACAGUCACAAUAUUCUUCUGUAUGAGGAUGGCCAUGCUGUUGUUGCUGAUUUUGGAGAAUCUAGAUUUUUGCAAUCUCUGGAUGAAGACAACAUGACAAAACAACCUGGGAACCUGCGCUGGAUGGCCCCUGAGGUGUUCACCCAGUGCACGAGGUACACUAUAAAAGCCGAUGUCUUCAGCUAUGCUUUGUGUCUCUGGGAGCUCUUGACUGGUGAAAUUCCAUUUGCCCACCUAAAACCAGCCGCGGCGGCCGCGGACAUGGCCUACCACCACAUCCGGCCCCCGCUCGGGUACUCCAUCCCCAAGCCCAUCUCCUUGCUGCUCAUGCGCGGCUGGAACGCCUGUCCUGAGGGAAGACCAGAGUUUUCAGAAGUGGUCACCAAGCUGGAAGAAUGUCUGUGCAACAUUGAGCUGAUGUCACCGGCGUCCAGCAACAGCAGUGGCUCCCUGUCGCCGUCGUCCUCCUCGGACUGCCUGGCGGCGCGUGGCGGCCCAGGUCGCAGCCACGUGGCCGCGUUGCGCAGCCGCUUCGAGCUGGAGUACGCCGUGAACGCGCGGGCAUGCACAGGCUGCGCGCCCAGUGCCGGGCAGCUGCCGGGACAGGGGCUCUCCCUGGACGAGAUGAGAAGGAGCUUCCAGUACCCGCCGAUCGACCAGAAUGGUUACGUGUCGGACCCCAUGAGCAGCCUGCGCUUUCACUCGUGCAGCAACAGCGGCAGCUUUGAGGACAGCAGCUGACAGCRGCUACCCCGCUGGGCUGGAGGGCCCCACGCCGAGCGCCUUUAUGCAGUGGUGGUAAACGUCCCUGUUGCGAUUUAGGGUCUACAUGUCAGCCUGCUCCAGCGGCAGGGCAGCC